AUGCCACGUUUGUCCCAAGCUCAAGUGGAAGCGGCCGAGAAUGAGCUCUUUACGUAUCAAGAAACUCACUUUGAACUAUCAGCGCGAGUUGAUAUUUCCCGUCUUUCUUGGGAUCGAAGUUUCAAGCGACAAAUGGACGAUCGUCAAAAUGUGAUCAGACUUGAGAAAAUCAUGGAUAUCCAAGGGUGCCAGCGCUUGAAGAAGGAGUGUCAUGUGCCGGUUCUAGUUCCUGCAGCAGACUGGGGCAAUCGUGUCCGUCCGCGGCAAUUGGACGGCACUUGUACUUGGUUAGACGUGGAUAUUGACUAUGAACUUCGCGCCCAAGAUCAUGAGAACCUCAUCACAGCUGCCCGCAAUAAGCUUAGGUCUCCGCGGAAUCAGUGGUGGAUUGUCGAUGUUUACGUAACGGACCGUCAAGAGACCGAACUUCAUUACAUCCCAAACUUGUUGUUAUACAUCUCAUCUAACCCCAAUGAAGCUACCAAUAUAGAAAGCAGUGACUUGCUCCAGGACAAAUUCAUUAGGUCUCUUCGAGAACGCUUCCCUAACGAUCAUACGCCGGCUGAUGGCCUGAUUUAUCAGCGCAUCCGUUAUUACGGUCAAUUAAUCGACCAUUUAGUACAUCCACUGCCGGAAGAUCGCUUGUGGGCUGUAAUAGCAUCAAAUCACUGGUGGGCUAUUUUGGAAAAGACAGCUGGGAGCAAAAAAGGGAAGUAUCUUAAAGCAUUUCUGAAACAUCAGAGCCUGCCCCAGGCUUUUGAUGAUCUAUUGCCAAUACCAGGCAUCUGGGAGGGUAUGCGAAUCGGGUUACUCCACAAGCUGAUUUCGAUGCGAUGUGACGAGCCUAUUAUGAACUACUUGCGCCUCGUCGGCACAACUUUCUCGUACUUGAUGGGAGGAGACGAGUAUUUACCUCUGGUAGAUGGUGUGAGCGUUAAGUUACUUCAGUCUCGAGCACCCAAAGUAUCAGCAAGAGACUUUGCUUUUCUCAAGACCCGAAUGGAAACAGGCGACCUUUUCAAAGAAAUCGAGAAUGAAGCACGGCGUUGUGAAAUAUGGAACCGGCUCGAGGGUAUUGAUUAUCCUAUUCCGACACUGAAGACAUUUUUUAAAGAUAGGCUGUACCUCGAAGUUGCGCGAUCUGUGAUGCAACAGCUUUUCGUUCCUGAUCCUGAUCGAAAGCUCACAAUCGAUGAAGCUGUGGGGGAGCAUUGGGGUACAGCUGUUCCCAUGCCGACCCCUUUCAGGCAGGAAAUGAUUCGUUCCGACCUCUACGAACUCUGGCGGUUUAGUUUUCAAUACGGCUUUGAAAUGACUGACCAUCGGCGAUGCGUGAUUCGCCCAAAGCCUGGGAAUAAUCGUCCUUCCCUGAGCAGUAUGACAGAAAGGCCGGGGACAAUAAAUCGAGCGGUGCUCUGGGGGCACCUUUUUUGGCUUGCCCAACAGAGAAAUAUCUGGCUUCCUUUGGCUGGUGGCUUUCAAGUACAAGAAGCCGAUCUACCUACACCACUACCACAUGACUAUCCUGAAAAUGAGGAAGAAAUUCCGGUCACACGGCGAUGUGGUAAGCCAUUUACGUACUCGGUAGAGGCUGAUCGCUAUGCCUUGACGCAAGAAUCAUUGGAGCAGACUUGGACAACCCCUCGGGUUACAGCAGGAUUUGUCAGCAGAUCUAUCUUCUCGGCUUUUUUUGGAUAUCUCAAUCCCAAUAGACAUAGUACGCAGGAUUGCCCUACUGAAUCGAACAAUGCUGCCAGCGAUAAUACCCUGCAUAGGGAAGACCUCUCAUCAGACAUAUCAGUCGAUAUGCCUGAUGAGAUAUCUCACAAUCCGCCGAAUGAUCAUUCAGAACGCCACUCAGACCCUAUGACAGAUGUCUACUCAGGACAAGAGUUCAAUCCUCUCAUGCCCUCACAACAACUGUUGUGGGGGAACCAACAGCCUCUCUUCUUCGCCAUGAACGUUUCAAUUCCAGGAGAGCCCAUUCGAGAGCUGAAGCUGCCAAAUGAGCAACAGACUCUGAGCAACUUUUUUGGUGGGCUGGAGCGACAUCGGUUUCACAUAUAUAUCCCAGGAGAGGACCAGCGGGCUCUUCACGCCGAUUGGUGUUACUCAGCUUAUGAGCGUAAUCCGCACCAACUGUUACAUGCUGACUUUCUUCCGGAAUGUUCCUUUGAGCAAGUCGACUCUACAGCUUCUGGGUACACGCCGAGAAAAAGGAGACGAACGGACGGUAUUGCUGAACUGGAAGCUGUUAAAUCUUGGCUCGAGGAGCAACUCGCAGAGCUGCAAGCCUGUAACAAUGCGAUGCAGGUUCCCUUUCAGUUUUCGCUAGGCGCCGAAAACACAUUGGAGGAAAUAUGA